CUAAUAAAGAGCAGAGAAAAAAAUGAGUUCAAGUUGUGAAAGAAUAGAAUGGGUAGAAAUCAUCGAGCCACGUACCAAGGAGCACAUGUACGCCAAUCUCACCACGGGCGAAUGUGUAUGGGAUCCACCAGAUGAUGUGCCAAUUAAGCGGACCGACUCAUCGCAGUGGUGGGAACUGUUUGAUACGAAUACCCAGCGGUUCUACUACUACAAUGCGGCCACGCAGAAGACCGUGUGGCACCGGCCGAGCAAGUGCGACAUUAUUCCGCUGGCCAAGCUGCAGACGCUCAAGCAGAACACCGAUCCCAGCGAUCGUCGCGAGCAGACCACGCCCCAGAAGCACCAGCCACAAUCUCAACCUCAGCAGCAGGUGCAGCAGCAACAGUCGCCACAACCGCCCCAGCAGCAGCAACCUUCGCCCAUGUCAGGACCGAACAAGAAGGGGCGUGGCCAACAGCAACGGAUUAGCGGUGGCAAUGGGACGGUGGCCAGCUCGGAGGAGAAGCUGACCAGCGAAGUGAUCUCUAGUCCGCGUGGCCGUCAAAGCUUUCGCGUCGGCACGGGUGACUCAUCGCGCUCCAUCGACAUGCAGCAGCAGCAGCAGCAGCCACAUCCUCAGGCCUACGCCUCCAGGCGUUCGCAAGACUCCUGCAAUCACUACAAGGAGUCGGGCAAGUCCAGCGACUCGAGUCUGUCCAGUGCGCAUGGCUACAGGCGCUUCAAUGACGGCGGCGGUACGGGGCCGGGACAUGCGGAUAACCUUCGCCUGGGCUCCCUGCAGAAGCAUCAGCGAGGCGGUGGCAAGGACAACGGAGCUUUUGAGAUGUUGCAAGAGAGCAGCAGCUCGCAUAAUUUACCGCAUGGCAGCACCUCCACAUCCUCAUCCUACGCCGGUGGCAGUGGCUAUGGGGACAAGUAUUUCGAUCACCAGCUGCUGCCAAACCACCACCUGCAGGGUUACUCCUCCAAGUCGUCGGACAUCGCCUCGCCUACGCACUCCAUUCACACGCCGCAGUCGCAAAAGAAGAAAAUGUCGCCGGAUGCGGCGCCCGCUCCACAAUACAACUACGCACAGCAACAGCAUCAGCAGAGAAACAACGCACAACGCAGUGCUGCAGGAGGAGGCGGAGGGGCACCAGUGGGGAAAUCCUAUCCUGGAGAUCGCGAGUACAAGGUGUCACUGGCCCGAUCUGGCAGCUUCAUGUCCUCCUCCAUCAAUCCCGCUGCCGCCGGUCACCACAGCAAGUCCUACCGCAAGAGCAGUGCGGAGGCGGCAAACGGUGGGGCAGCUAGCGAUGACUCCAUGCACGAGAAGUAUUUCAAGUCGGUGGAGAACACGCCGCUCUCGCGCCGUCGCCACACCACCAAUGCCACGAAGAGCGGGGGAGGACCAGCCGGCGGCGGCGCAAGUGGCAGCAACACGGCCAACAGCACGGCCGGCAGUGGCAGUAGCCACAGCCACAAGAAGCACUCCAGCGACUCGAGUCCCCAGAGUCCGAUCAGUCCACAGACGAAGAGCUCGCGGCAGGCGAAGACGAGCGCCACCAGCAGUGCGUUGCCCCAGCUUCAGCUGCAGCACUCGCCGCGCCUGCAGGAACCGAGCCACAGCUUGGAUCUGCUGAGCUUGGAACGGAUUUCGCUGGGCAAGUCGACGGGCGGCCCCAUCUCGCCGGGCGGUGGUCCCGAAACUCUGGGUCUGCUGGGAACGCACUCUUCGCGCGGCUCCAACGACUCGGCCCGCCAGCGUCAGAAGUCCAACAACUCGACGGCAAAUCGCUCGCAGACGCAACACUAUCCCGGCCAGAGUUCGUUGCGGCACAGUGCCAGUUCGAGUCUAGAUAAGCGUGGCUACCAUGUGGGAGGAGGCGGGGGCGGUGAGAAGCGACGCUCCAAGCAGCAUCAGCAGUAUCUACAGCAGGCGGACAACAGCGAUGUGGAGUACGACAAUGGAAACAUCUCGCCCCUGUAUACGAACUGGGACCAGGAUAUGCCCCACCUGCUGCCCCUCAAGCACUACAUCAUGGAGCAGGCGAAGCUGUCUGGACGCUACGAGUACCGCGGAGGCGAUGGCGGCGACUCGGACUCCUAUCACUCGGAUAGCCAGUCGGAGGAGCACUCGCUCUCUGGCCACGAGCCGGACAACGAGGACUCUGACGGGGGAUCUGACACGCAUGGUGGCUACCUGGAGCACAACUACGGCAUGAUUGACGACUACGCCAACAUGGGCGACAGCGUCUCCUACUACGCGUACAUGUAUCCGCCGCACGAUCCCGCCGGAAGGGAGGAUAUCUCCGACAAUGUGGAGGCUGUGCUGGAGGGUAUUGGCGGCAAUGUGACGGCGGAACCUUCGGCCACAACCGCUUCCGUUCCCAAGCCAAAACCCCGUUACCAGAUCUCAUACUACGACACCGUAUCCGGCGGCGGAGGCUACCAUGGCCAGCAGCAGCUUUACUCGAAUACACCGCCGUAUUCGGGGCACGGCCAUGGUCAUCACGUUCCACCGCCGGCCUUGCCGCACCAGCAUCAGCAGCAAUUACACCUGGAGCCGAGCGACGCCAAGCAAAAGCAGUCUCAGACCCUUCCCUCACCCAAUCGGCAGAUCUCUCGACUGGCUGGCGCCGGUCACCACGGACCUGCACAGGGAUCGGGGGCAGCUGGAACACCCAAAGAGGAUGUUGGCCACGGGCACAGUCUCGUUGCCGGUCAACAGCAGGCUGCGCCAGCCAGUCUGUCGCGAGCCGGCCACAAGAUGGCUCCGCCCUCCCUGAAGCCCACCAUCCAGCAGAUCUUUCCACCUAGCGAACGGGCUCCGGGCAUGGGAGGUGGCAUGGGCAUGGGCGGUGCCACUCUGGCUUGCAUGAAGGAAUGUGAUAUCGAGAAGUUUGCCGCCGACAAUCUGAAUCUGCACUCCAAGGGGAUAUUCCGGAAGAAGGCAUCCGUGAGGGACAUGCUCAGCUGGACGGCGGAGGCCAUCAGUCGGCCCAUGUUGGCGUUGUCCCGCGACAAGGCGGACAAAAAGACAGCCAUAGAGCUGUUCAAGCUGGUGCAGAUCUACAUGGCGGAUCGCAAGGCGCGCAUGGGCAUGACCCUCAAUUCGGUGGCCAUAGAAAUCAUCAGUGCAUCGUUGCCCCAGCAGCAAUUAAGGGACGAGCUCUAUGUUCAGCUGUGCCGGCAGACGACGGAGAAUCCCAAGCGAGAGUCGCUCAUCCGCGGCUGGGAGCUGAUGGCCAUCUGUCUCUCCUUCGUACCGCCCUCGCCCACGUUUCAGCCCACGCUGCUCAACUACGUCAACAGGCAUCGCGAUCCCUCCUUCGGCCCCAGUUUCAUGGAAGUGAACAAGUGGCCCAUCCAUGUGCAGAUAUCGCACUAUGCCACAGUGUGUUGUCGGCGCUUGGACCGCAUAGGCAGCAGCGGACGACGUCUAGCCAAGAAGCCAACGGUCGAUGAGGUGGAGCAGGCGCGGCAACAAAUCCUGAGGAACAGCAUGUUCGGCAACACUCUGAACGAGGUCAUGGAACUGCAGAGGGACAAGUUUCCGUUCCGCAAGCUGCCUUGGAUCCAGACAACACUGUCGGAGCAUGUGCUGCUGCUCAACGGAAAGCAGACCGAGGGCAUCUUUCGUGUCUCCGCGGAUGUGGAUGAGGUCAAUUGCAUGAAGAAUCGCCUCGAUCGGUGGGAUGUUCCUGACAUUAACAACACGUUGGUGGACGCUCACGCGCCGGCCAGUCUGCUUAAGCUGUGGUAUCGCGAGCUAUACGAUCCGCUAAUACCAGAUGCCUAUUACGAGGAUUGUGUGAACACCGAGGAUCCCGACAAAGCCAAAGAAAUAGUUAAUAAGUUGCCUGAAAUAAAUCAGCUAGUUCUAACGUAUCUAAUACAUUUCCUGCAACAAUUCUCAAAUCCCGAGGUGGUGAGCUGCACCAAGAUGGACUCCUCCAACCUGGCCAUGGUGUUUGCGCCAAACUGUCUGCGCUGCACGUCCGACGAUCCCAAGGUGAUACUGGAGAAUGCGCGCAAGGAGAUGUCCUUUAUGCGCACCCUCAUCCAGCACAUGGACACAACGCAUGUGGCGAACUUGGCCUAGGACCACCCAGCAACCGUAACCAUAUGUAAACGUUAUUAACCUAUCCUAACUUACUACCUACGAAAAAUCUAACUUGAACUCAAUUUGUAUCUAUACAAAGAAUGAUGUUGAUCUUAACUCCUAACUCCUACUUUUACCCUUAACUCGUUUUGCUACUCGAAUUUUCUUACUAAGGCUACCAAAAAGAAUGCAAACCAAAAGUCCUGGGACUUUAUUUUAUUUCGUAACGUCUAAAGGCAGCUUGUUCAGAACAAUGGCAGCAACAAACCACAAAUACUCGAAGAUCUUGUAACGCGUAGUGCUUUUUCAAACCAAAAAUAACCGAGAGACGAAUCCAAAACACUGUAAACUCAAUGUGUGCAUGCGCCUAGAUAUGUACGUGUCAAAUUGUAGUUGAAUUAAUUUAUAUUUUGCAUUUGCGCAAUUGUUUUCUUUUUAAAUGGAAUUUAAAUCAAAGCAAGUAAGCGAAUACUCAACAGCAACUCUUAACUCUCAAAAAAUGCAAAUAAAUGCAUGAAACAAUGGAAACUUCUUGCGAAGCCUAUAAAUAAAUAGUUAUAAAAGAAAGCUAAAGAUAAUUUAAACAAAACCUAUAUAUAUUAUGAUGUACACUGUAUGAAAAGAAGAUCGAGAAGAACACAGAGAGAGAGAGAUAAGUGAAUCAAAUGCAAUAAGAGGUCAAUGAUGAAACUGCUUAUUAAUUACUUGCAGCCAACGUAGUGCUAUAUACGAAAUAUUUAUUCAUUUGCAUAAAUAAAAGAAUGAAAAUAAAUCAAAAAACGGA